UUAGGGGCGGUGCACGGGUUGGAACCGAGCGGGAACGGGCGGUGCGUCCGCCGGCGGCGGGUGACCUGAGGCAGCGGCGAUGAGGAGAGGAGCCGCCGGCUGAUGGAGUCGCUGGCGGCCUAUGUGUACAAGGCGGCGAGUGAGGGCCGCGUCCUGACACUGGCCGCGCUGCUGCUCAACCGCUCGGAGGCCGAGAGCCGGCGGCUGUUGGCGCAGGUGAGCCCGGGGCCUGGAGCUGGGCCUGGGGUCGGGGUCGGCCCUGGCUCCGGCUCCGGCUCCGGGCAGAGAGCCACCCCGCUGAUCGCCGCCGCCCGGAACGGCCACGCCAAGGUGGUGAAGCUGCUGCUGGAACAUUACCGGGUGGAGACCGAGCAGACCGGCACCGUCCGCUUUGACGGUUAUGUCAUUGACGGCGCCACCGCGCUGUGGUGUGCGGCGGGAGCUGGGCACCUCCCGGUCGUCCGGCUCCUGGUCGCGAACGGCGCCAACGUUAACCACACCACGGCCACCAACUCCACCCCGCUCCGGGCCGCCUGCUUCGACGGCCGCCUGGACAUUGUCCGUUACCUGGUGGAGAACCGCGCGGACAUCCGCAUCGCCAACAAAUACGACAACACCUGCCUGAUGAUCGCCGCCUACAAGGGGCACGCCGAGGUGGUCAGGUACCUGUUGGAGCAGUACGCAGAUCCCAAUGCCAAGGCACAGUGUGGAGCUACUGCACUGCAUUUUGCUGCAGAAGCUGGCCACCUGGAGAUUGUGAGGGAGCUGGUGAAGUGGCAUGCGACUAUGGUGGUGAACGGCCAUGGGAUGACUCCACUCAAAGUGGCGGCAGAGAGCUGCAAGGCAGAUGUGGUGGAGCUGCUGCUGUCACAUGUGGAUUGCGACCGAAGGAGCAGAAUAGAAGCACUGGAGCUGCUCGGUGCCUCUUUUGCCAAUGAUCGGGAGAACUAUGACAUUGAGAAAACCUACCACUAUCUGUAUCUGGCCAUGCUUGAGCGACACCGUGAACCCAGUGACCCAAUGGAGAAAUCCACCCUGCCUUCCAUCGAGGCUUAUGGCGGGCGGACUGAGUGUAGGACUCUAUCGGAACUUGAGGCUAUCCGACAGGACAGGGACGCCCUCCACAUGGAAGGGCUGAUUGUCCGUGAGCGGAUUCUGGGCUCUGACAAUAUCGAUGUUUCACAUCCUAUCAUUUACAGGGGGGCAGUGUAUGCGGACAACAUGGAGUUUGAACAGUGCAUAAAGUUGUGGCUCCAUGCCUUGCACUUGCGACAGAAAGGGAACCGAAACACCCACAAAGAUCUCUUGCGUUUUGCUCAGGUCUUUUCUCAGAUGAUACACUUGAAUGAGCCAGUGAAACCCCAGGACGUGGAGAGAGUAUUGAAAUGCAGUGUGCUGGAAAUAGAAAGAGGACUGUCGCGGAUCAAGGACUCCUCUGAGGUAGACCUCCAUGCAGCCAUGGACAAUUGUGAGUCAAACAUUUUUACCUUCCUGUACCUCGUGUGCAUCUCCACCAAAACGCAAUGCACUGAGGAAGAACGAGCCCGCAUCAAUAAGCAGAUCUACAAGCUGAUCCACCUAGAUCCCCGGACGCGAGAGGGCUCCAGCCUGCUGCACCUGGCGGUGAACUCUGGCACGCCAGUAGACGAUUUUCACACCAAUGAUGUGUGUAGCUUCCCCAGCGCACAGGUCACCAAACUGCUGCUCGACUGUGGGGCUGACAUGAAUGCUGUGGAUAAGGAUGGCAAUGGGCCGCUGCACAUUAUUGUGCAAUACAACCGUCCCAUCAGCGAUUUCCUCACACUGCACGCCAUCAUCAUCAGCUUGGUGGAGGCUGGCGCUCAUGCUGACAUGACCAAUAAACAGAAGAAGACUCCGCUGGACAAGAGCACCACUGGUGUGUCUGAAAUCCUCCUCAAGACUCAGAUGAAAAUGAGCCUCAAGUGCCUGGCUGCCCGAGCCGUCCGUGUUCAUAACAUCAGUUAUAAAAGCCAGAUUCCUCAGGCAUUGGAAGAGUUUGUAGAAAUCCAUUAACAUUCUCAAUAGCUCAGAUCAGUCUUUAUGAAACUGGUACUAGGUAUGUCUGUAACAUAUUGCUUUAGCAAAUUGAUUUGCUCAGUUUUUAGGUAUAUUUUCUUACCAUUCUCAUUUAUUUCCACUACUGUGCUGAUUGUAUGCAAUUCUUCUAUCAAUGGUGUGAUAUUCUGGAGGGUGGCUUAAACAAACUUCUGAAAAUAAGUCACAAAAGUUGAUUUGUAAUGGAUUUAAUUUAAUGUGUUAAGAGUUAACUCUGUCUUCUAAAAACCUAUUUUUCAUAAUGCCAGGUUCUAAUCAACUGUUUUCUGGUGUCUUAUUGUUUAGGGUCACAAAUCAGAGCUCACGUGCUUGCUCUUUCUCCAGCAUUGUCUGCUGAUUUAAGGAUUUGGUUGCAGUUAAUUAUGGAAUGUUGUCAUCGACUGUUUGGACUUGUAACUUUUUAAUGUGGCACUCCUUCCCUUUCCGACUUUGCUUGUACUGCAAAGUGAACAAUGAACACGGUAUUCUGAGCAAAAUUUGGCUUGGUCAGAGUUGUGCUUUUUGUGGGUUGUUUUAAUAGAUGGUAAGGAUGCCAAAUGUUAGAAAGCUCUGUACAAAAAAAGUGAAAUGCAAAGUAUUGAUGCAGUAUAACGCUUUAUAACUCAUUGACUGGCCCUGUGAUAGGUACGUGUCAGGUGCAGCCAAAGUAACUGGCAGUACACUUUUUCUAUAUUCAAAUACUGGAUCCAUUUUUAAAUAGAAGAUGUAAGAUCACAAAUUUUAAUGGUGUACCUUUAUCAUGUGUCCUGUGAUGGCGCAGCUAGGUUAUUCAGUAAAUAAUUGGGCAGCCAGAUCUCCAAUCUGACACUUGAUUGAGCAUUUUAUUGAUUUUGAGAUACAACUGUUGCGAAUGUCAAAAGGGAUCAGUGUGUAUCACCGAUUCUAGAAAGCUACUCAGAUGCUGAAGAUGAGUACUGCAAAUAUGUAUAUGCCUGACCUGUCCAUAAAUCAGGCACUUUUGUAAACACACCAGAGUUCUGUUCUUAUACAGUCUGUAUAUUUUCCUGGCUAAUAAUUCUGUUUGAACCAAAGGUGUUCUGUAGGGUACACUGUUUGAUGUAUCCAGCCUGUUAUUUUCAGGGAGACUGCCUGUGACCUGAACACAAAGGGCUAUAUUUUCCCUUUAUCCUGCCACACUCAAAUAUUUCUUCCCAUUUGACUAAAAAAAACCUUGAUGAAUAAAUACAUUGGAGUUAUUGCAACAUGAUGUCAAAUUAUUAAAGCUGGUUAGCACAUUAACUCUUCAGAUCAAUUUGCAAUCAAAUUAUUGUUGCUCAGAAUGAGCACAGAGUUAAGGUCUGGAUCCUCAAGAAAUAUUUUCAAACAAAUGGGAAUGUGAGACUGUAAUGGUUGACAGUUUGAUACCGAUUGGCCAAAAUGUUCCUAUGGAGAAAGCAACAUGGGACUUGCCGACCAAUUGCUUGAAAUUUGGCAUUUUUAAGUUUGUCCUGAUGGAGGCACACUGAAAAGUUUGAGCAAUGUCUUUGUCUUAAGCAAGAUUCAGUUUCUCUACAUUAUCAACAUUUUGAAACAGAGCAAGAAAUGCCAACAUUCUGUUUUUUAAAAUUGAUCUUGGCAUUCUGGAAAACUUGUUUAUUUAAUAUAUUUAUUUUGUAGUUAAUAGGUGGGAAAUCUUGACAAUACCAUUUUAAUUUAUUUUGCUUUUUCCUUACUUUUGAAAUGCCUAAUCAUUGCCUCACUGAUGUCAGCUAACAGCCAACUCUGGUCUGGCAGCUUUUGUGGAAAGAAAACAGAGUUAAAGGUUCGAGUCUGGUGACUGUUUAUCAGAAAUUAGUCACCAGAAUCAAAUAGUUAACUCUGCUUUCUCUCUACAGGUGGUGCCAGACCUGCUGAGUUUUGCCAGCAAUUUCUGUUUCAGAUCUCCAGCAUCUGCAUUUCUUUGCAUCACUUUAAGCAAUUCUGAUUCUUUUAAUGCAGCUAGACUCUUGUUGAUCGUCACACAGGUUGGAAAUACAGCAGUUAUUGUCACUUGCCAUUUAAAGUGGUCAAUUUACAUUUCGAGUCCACUUUGUAACUUCCUGCUUGGUACUGACCUCAAAUCUGGCAAACUGUGAAAUGGAGGCUUGAACUGCUGUGUAAGCCCAGUACUGACUGUACUGACAGUCUUUAACCCAAAACCUUGUGUUCCUGUUGUAGACCAUUGAAACCUCUGAGCACUAAUUAUGAAAGAGAGUGAAGGGUCUGAUCCAUGUCUUGUUUUAUCUUAUAACUUUAUAUGAAAUAUUUAUACUUCAGUGAAAUUACCUAAGACUACUUAAAGUUGACUCUGUUUCCUGAUGUGUAAUAUGGAUCAAACGUGGCACCACUCUACAGUGCAAUGUUAAGCCUCUAUGAAGUGAAUUAUCUUUCAAUAUUUAUCUGUUUGUCACUUGUGGAUUUUAGGUAGGCUUACUGUGGGCAUAAAUUUAUAUUUCUGAGUUAGGUUUAUAGUUUAUCUUCUAACCUGCAAAGUCUAAAAAUGAAAACUUUUGACAGUAUUUUUCAUUAGCUGUAGAAUUUGACUAUUUAUUGUGCUUGUGUGAAUGAUUGGCUUCAGCAAAAAUAAAGCAUAAGAAUUGCUAAUAAGUUGUGAUAUAUUAUUUUAGUUCAUAAGUGUUUACAUUGUGCUUUAUUAGCAUCGUCAUGGCCGAGUUGAUAAAGCAAAUGUAUAACUCUGGCCAUACCAGCAGAUGGCCCUACCUUUGAUAACUGCUCUAUGUAAUAGUGACAGUACUUCAAGGAUGUGAAUCUCAGGUUAGCAGGUUUAGUAUUUAGCAUGUAUUUAGUAUUUAUCACAAUAUUGACUCUAAAUUCCUGUUAUUUCACAGAUGUGAAAGGUUCAUAGCUCACAAAGGAACGUAGGGAUGAAUGAGGUUGUGAAGGUCUUUUAUAUAGGGCGGAGCAGCAAUUGGAGAACAUCUACAUUCAGUGUAAUAUGUACUUGGAUGUUGAAGGUUGAGAUUAGUUCCACAAUGCACAUGUUCAGGAGCCUGUAAGUCUGAUUCCUUGCCUCAUUUUACAAGCUUUAAAUCAAUGGAACGGAAUGGAGAAAAAUAACCCCCAUCCCAACCAGAAUGCCAGUGGAAUAAAACCAUAUCAUGCCUUGUUUGCAGAUUCUAUUGCUGCUUUAGUCAAAUCCAUCUGUUGUCUUGCACUCUUGCAUUGGCUUGCUUGCGCGCGCUGUCAUCCAAAUACAGUGAUCAAAAUUCAGAUUAUUCUGCUUACCAACAUCCAUGCUGGUGCUCGGUCCCUAGGUUUUGAGCAGCGAUGAAGGUUCCUCAGGAGAAAUGCAGAUCACACUUUUGAGCUUGUUUCUAAUUAUUAAUUUUAUUGUUUAGAUUAAUGUUUGGAAAUUUAGCUUUUAAAUGGAAAUAUGAGAAAAAAAAUCAGAAAUCCUGUAACUGACGGUUGAAGUUUUUUUAAAGUGGGAGGGCAGAAUUGAGAGAUUUUUGUCAGUUAAGCAAUGACAGAGUCUCACUUUAAAUUUUGUUACUUGAUCCAUUUAAAUUUCUGGUUGACUAAAACGUAAAAGGGAAAGGCAAGGGAUUCUGUCUACUUGGCUAAUUUUGUGGCUAAAGUAAGCUGCAACAAUGGCAAUGCUGAGAGUAAAAACUCAGCAGUUAUUUUGGAGGGUGGGAUUGUGAAAAAAGAAGCAAUGAAUCAAGUCCCUGUCUAUCAAUUUAAUUCAUCAAUCCCAAUCAUAAUGCCUUUAAAGCUGGACAUUAACUUUUAGAAAACAUUUGAAGACAUAGGGGAUUGUUCCCAUUUUGGUCUGUUGACAAGUAUGUAAUUUUUGCCUUUUAAUUGGUGAUUUUUCAAACUUUCAUGGUAGUAUUUAGGUAUUCUAACUUGUCAUCUGGCUUCGAAACGCACCUCCGCUAUAAUUGUAGCAUAGAAUAGCUCCUUAUAAGAGAAUGGGGAAAACUGUGCAGAAACAGGGCUAUCAUGGUACUGGGAUUGUAGAAUUUUGCAGUGUGGCAGGCAGGUAUUCAUCAGCUGUGCUCUGUCAAGUUAUAUACUCUUCCCCUGUUCUUUGCUUUCCUCCUAUAGCCCUCUAAAAUGACAGAAAAUACAAAUUUUGUCAUCUCUUACAUGGAAUCACGGCCACCAAUUUCGAGACAGUUGGUUUAGAGAAAGCUACAAACCUAAUGGUUGUACUGAAAAUUAAGAAGUAGGUGGGUGUGAAAUUGUUCUGACUUUGUUUGUAGAACUGUCUUGAUUUUUUUUCAAAAGUAAAUAUUUAUUGAUGCCUGAAUUAUUAGAGCUGACCCUUGUGUUAGUGAUUUUAUUUUCCUGUUUCUUGCUUUCCUCAUCAACUCAGUGGCAAAAUGACCUGUAUAAUCUUGAUCCAUUUUGUGUGACAUUCUUUAUUUAUCCCUACAAGCUGGUCAGCACAAGUAACAGAUCUGCAAUCAAAAGCACUUGAGUAAUUGGAGAUACUCACUCCCCCCAAAUACAACCCAAUGGGAAUCUUGAUUUUUCACAUAUAUCCUUCGGUAAGCUUUUCCUGGGUUUUGUUCCAUCUGUUUUUGUAACCCUUACUGAAUUGACGAUUCAUCAGACCUAAUAUGAAUAGCUAGAAGAGAGCCUGUUCUGUCCUGUUCACAUCCAGCACCUCAUGUCUGCCCGCGUUUCCAUAGUCACUACUUGGAAGUACAAACUGGAAGCACUGGUUGUCUUCCAGUCUUGAUGGCGACGAUUUUAACUUGCUUCAACGCUUUCCCACUGAAUGCUUAGCCGGGACUUGAACUGAAAAACUGUCUGGCAGUGUCUGUUCUACUUGUUCAGGAGUGAUGUCUUUUAGUGGAAUUGGUGUGUGCACUCAUUUUGUUUCUGCUGAAAUCCUGGGGAGGACAGUGAUGUAUACUUUUAAAAUGAGGAUUCAAGUUUAGUGAUUCAGAAUAUCUUGUUAUUAACAGCUAAUGACUCAUGUGACAGCCUCAAUGCCCUUUUAAAUUUGUAGUUCUAUUCCUGGAAAAGAACAACUUUUAUGCCAAGGACCCUUAAUGUAAAAGUUUCACUUGGAGGCCAUUGCAGGCUAGUUAGUGCUGUAGUAUUGAGGCAAAUCUGUGCUUGAAUUUAGAUUAUUAUUGAUGUAGUUUAUGGUUAAGUGUUUGCUCGCAAUGAAAAGAGUUCCACUGCCUUUGGCAGUUGUGGUGUCGUUGAUUAAAGUACUGUGUGUGUGGUGUAGUUGCUAAUUGUGCUGAAUAUUCUUGGGGAAAGGUUGCACAGUUGGCAACCGGAACCAUUCCUGAGUUCAUUUCAGAUCACUGACCCAAAGAUACCACAAUCUGUUGUUGAUUGUACUAGGCAUUCUGCUUGAAAGCAGUGAUACUGUGACCUUUCUCUGCGGAUUUUAACUUGGCCAUUAUUUUACAGCAAUGUUUUGGAUUUUUGAUACACAAGUGGUUGAACAGUUAAAAAUUUAUUAUGUUGUUAAAUGCUUUAUGGACACCCCUUAGCUCAGUGAAUAAACUUUUAUGCUCUUGAGUAAUUUGGACCAGGAAAAUUCCAGCUCUGUAUUGCAUUGGCUAUUGCAUUUAGCUUUGUCAUCGAUGAACUCCAGAAUGGGAAAAAUGGGGAAGGAUUUGCACUCUUGAUUACUGUCACCUAUUGGUAAUUGUAUGUGUAUAUGGGGCUAUUGGAUGUUGAAUUGAUUCAACUCAUGGGUGGCUACUGCAGGGACACUGUCUAGGCUAGCAUAUUAUGAAUUUGUGGAAAUCAUCUUAUGCCUGAUCAGGUUUCUUGGGAGCAAACUGCAAAAAGAACAGAAAUGUAAUUAAAUUAUUCAUCAAUAUUGCUAAUACUUUUGCCCUAUUUUCAUUCCAUCUAACAUUCUACAGAUCGUGUUCAUGACCAUAGAAUCAUUAUUUGUUAUAAGUACUUUACGAGAGAUUGCAGUCAUAAUGGAGUGUGAGCAGAGAUCCAUCUAGUAUGUGUUGGAUUAACAUAACAUUUGACAUACCAAUUGUGUAUCUAAAGAACUGGUUCCUUAAGUGUCACUAGUCUGUAUCUCCUGAUGUAAGUAACCAACAUGUAGAGGAAGCUUGGAUUUAAAUGCCUCAAGGACAUUUUUAAGGGGUUACAUUUUAUUUUCCAUUAGCCCAUUGCUAAGGCUAAACUUCAAAAUAAGUGUUGUGUAGGAUUGUAUGGAGUGAAACUGAAUUAAUGCAUUACCACCAAACGCCUUAACAAUGGAUUAAAAUAAAGGAAGGGGAAAGAAAAACAUUCUCAUUACGCAGCCCAAAUGAUCUUUUCUGAUUUUUGACUUCUAAUGUACAAUUUGUCUUCCUACAAGAGCUGUGCUUUUGCAGAGUUUAUUUAAAAAUAUGUACCCUGUGUAUCUGAUCAGUUUGCAGCUUCUGAUUUGUGGUUUUUGGUAAAGUAAUACAAAUCAGAACGUCGUGCUCUUCCGUCUGUAAUAUUACGUGUCUAUUGAAGAGAUUCUAAAUGUUUAGCAGUAUAAAUCAGUGAUGAGAGAUACUAUUGAAAAUUCAGGAUGGAGCAGAAACUAUUUAACUUGAAUUGAAAUGUCAUGGCACUUUGCACUAUAACUCCUCAGGACAUACAGCUAAUGUAACUGUUUCUCACAAUUCCCAAGAUGCAGAUUUAUUUUCCCUUUAGUUUUAAAGCGCACUGCUACUUGGAAAAUUGGAUUUGCUGUUGGAUUUUUAAAUUCCCCUUUUAACCUCUUUUUCCACUGAAUUAUAAUGUACUUUUGUUUGUUGGAAAGGGGUGAAAUAUGUAACAUUUCCUGUAUUUUGUAAAAUGUGAUUCUUUUGUUAAAUAACCUUUAUGUACACACUGAAACAAAGUCAGGACUUGUCAUUAAAAGUCAGAGAUAGUGACGAUGUAA